AUGACCGCGGAACUUGGUGGCAUUACUGGCCUAUUUGUGCCAGAUAAAAGCAGCCACAAUUAUAUUAAUAGACGCAAACUUACUCGCCACAAAUGCCACGCGACAUACUUCAAACCCGACACCGAUGCGAAGUAUGCCGCAGUCCAUGAGAUCGACAUUACAAAUGUUGGAGUCUUUGAUUGCACGCCGGAUGACGUGGUUCCAGUUACGGAAGAAGAGGGAAUGGAGCUGAACGGAUGCUUUAUCGAGGCCUGCACUACCACCGAAGAAGAUCUGAUUCUCGGUGCUCUAGUAAUGGAACAAGCAAUUAAAAGAGGAUUAAAGCCUACGGCAAAGGGAAAGAGAAGGGUCGUUCUCGGUUUAAUGCUAAUACUACAUCGUUUACGUGAACUAGGGUUUUGCGAUAAAAACUCAGAUGCAGGCUUUGAGAUCAGCAUGCCCAGGUGCAGUUAUUGUGUCGGCAUGCCAGCCGAUCAGGCCGCGGCAGGAGAGGUCUGGAUCUCCUCUCAGAAUCGAAAUUUCGAAAACCGGAUGGGGAAAGGUAACGAGAACCCCUCAAUGCCAUGA